UUUUACUGGUGAUGCAGAAGAAAACAACAAACUCAGCUUAACGCAGAAGCAGCUAAGAGUCUGUCCCAGAAGAGCUGUCCAGCACUAGCAGCAGGCUGUGUAUGCUAUCUGCCAUAAGUCUACUUCUAAUGGCUCCAGACAAUACGUACCUCCAAAGACCUCCUAUUCCCCACUCAGCAUGAGUGGUUGGAGAUGCGGAACUGUAAUAAGCCAGUAGUUGCACAGCAUCAGACAGAGAGAGGCAGCAGCUGAUUGCAGCUGGAGCAUCUAUUUGCCUGGGACAGUUUUAACGCAUGUUCAUGUAGCUGCAGUGAAGACUAAGGUUGGUUUGUUAACAGAAUACUAAACCAAGGCGGCAGCAGAAGCUGUAGCAGCAGCAGCAGAGGCAGUAUACUUCAGAAUGAGAAUGGACAUCACUGAGAGGCAGGGAGCUGCUUGUGAAGUGCUUAUGUUUGUGUGUAAGGCACCUGGUGUCAGCCUCUGUGGGAUUUGGGAAAAUUCAGCCUGAACUCAAGUUCCCUUCUAUUCUGUUCCGAACCAACACCAGACAACAUCAGCCAUCUCCUGUGGAGGAUGCCUAAUAGGUAUGCUUCAAUGCUGAGGUAUGAAACAUCAAUGCUGAGAUGGAUGGUUCAGUCUUCAUUUGACUUCAUUUCUGUGUUAUGCUUAAGUGAAUCGAUCUUGAGUGAUGAUCCAGUAAAAGACAUACCUACACUCAAAGAAGUAACUUUACAUUCAUUUCAACAGCAGGCUGAAGAAGCAGUCCUGAAGAUUGAUGGAGGGCCAUGCUAUUCAAACAGCAGGUGUUGCUGAGACAGAAGCUCUUUGUGCUGGGCAGCCUUGCUAUUGGAAGUCUCUUAUAUAUAGUUGCCAGAGUUGGGAGCUUGGAUAGACUCCAGCCUACAUGUCCCAUAGAAGGUCAAUUUGGGGACCAAGAGCAAAUCAUGCUUCGGGCAUUACAGUACAAACGAGGCUUGUCACAUGAUUUGCGCAAAGGCAAUGUGACAAAGGAACAAAUCAGACUACACAACAUGGUGCAACAGCUUCCCCAGGCCAUUAUUAUCGGUGUCCGCAAGGGUGGAACACGGGCCCUUCUCGAAAUGCUGAACUUACACCCAGCUGUGGUCAAAGCCUCGCAGGAAAUCCACUUCUUUGACAAUGAUGAAAAUUAUGCUAAGGGUAUUGAAUGGUACCGGAAAAAAAUGCCCUUUUCCUACCCCUAUCAGAUCACUAUUGAGAAAAGCCCAGCAUAUUUCAUCACAGAGGAAGUCCCUGAAAGAAUUUACAAAAUGAACUCAUCCAUUAAAUUGUUGAUCAUUGUGCGUGAGCCAACGACCCGAGCCAUUUCAGAUUACACUCAGGUGCUGGAGGGCAAGGAAAGGAAGAACAAAACCUACUACAAAUUUGAGAAGCUUGCAAUUGACCCAACUACCUGUGAGGUAAAUACUAAAUACAAGGCUGUGAGAACUAGUAUAUACACAAAACACCUUGAGAGGUGGCUCAAGUACUUUCCCAUUGAACAGUUUCACAUUGUGGAUGGUGAUCGCCUGAUAACUGAGCCAUUACCUGAACUGCAGCUAGUGGAGAAGUUUCUGAAUCUGCCCCCCAGAAUAAGCCAGUAUAAUUUGUACUUUAAUGCCACCAGGGGGUUUUACUGUUUACGAUUUAACAUUGUGUUUAACAAGUGUCUGGCAGGCAGUAAAGGACGGAUACAUCCUGAGGUGGAUCCCUUGGUUGUUAACAAACUGCACAAGUUUUUUCAUCCUUUCAAUCAGAAAUUUUAUCAGAUCACUGGGCGGACAUUUAGCUGGCCAUACAAGUGAUCGCUGCAACACUGUGUGUUGAUGUAAAGCAAAAAUGUUUAAUCAAAAGAGUGAUAUCCAAAACUUUCAAAAGUUGUCGAUCAACAGUAAUCAUGUUUUUAUUUCAGUAAAUAGGAUGGAAUGGAGAUGACUAUAUAAUGGUUUAUUUUCAACAAGAUGCAGUUAUUAUAUUUCAGUGUGUUAUACUUCCAUUUGGUCAUUUCAGUAAAAACAAGAGAUUGAUGUGAGUGUAAAGCGAAGAUAAUUGUUUUAUACUCAUAUCUAUAGUUUCUCAUAAAUUCUUAUAAAAGGGAGAAAAGUUAGAUUUUGAGGAAUUUAUUACCACACCAAGCAGGCAAUGGUAAAAAGACUGUUGAUAAAUUGAAACUGAGAUCAACCAUAUUUCAAUUUAUUUUGAGUCCUUACAUGUGGUUGCCACUGUUUCCAAUUGAGAGAAGACACUCCCAUUUUAAGUGAAUGCCCAGACAUUUUCUGCCCAAUAAAAAAACAUUACACUCCCCAUGUUUGACAGUGUGAAAACAUUAGUCAUCAAGGUUGCAAAAAAUUUCACUGAAUUAUCAAUAACAAAACUGUUAGUUCAUUCUUUGUACCAAUAGGCCUGAUUCAGUUCUGUCCCUGGCUGUUUAGACUUAACAAAAUGAGGCAACCUUGUCAAUAACAGAAGGUGAGAUUGCCAAAUUCAUUUACAGAAGCUGAUAGGUGACCUAAUUUUCUUUCAAUAUUUCAGUGGGGAAAAUGCAUUUCUUUUCAUUUGAAUUUUGUUUGGAGAGUACUGGUGCACGUUGUGAAGAUUUUGAUUAAAUCUUCUCCUCAAUUUUGGCAGUUGUAAACUGUUGUCAUUUUGAUGUAGUGAUGGGCUCACUAUACAGCUGUAACACGAUUUGAUUCUACAGGAGAGUGAAUAUACAGCCAUUUCCUCUCAGAAAAAGACAUUCAUUGGAAAAGCACUGAUACAAAAUGCAAAAUAUAUUUAAUAAUGGACCUUUAAAGUUCUAAACUACCAUAGGUGUGUUUUUAUUUUCCCAAUUUAAAAUAAUUAAUUUGUUGUGUUAAACAUUUUACUCACUUGUAUCCAUUCUGGACUAAUAAGCAAUAUAAAUGAAUAUUUAUCACUAAGACUCCUAAAGAAUGCAGUAACAUUUUGAUCUUCCAGUAGUUUUCUAGAGUCAUCAGAACUACCAAUCAGUAAAUUCAUUUUAAAAAGUGUAGGUUAUAGGAUAAAUCAGAAUGACUAUUAUGUUGUUUCAUACAAUUGUUUUAUUCAAAUGAUAAAUCGCAAAUAUUCCAGCACAAUUUUAGCUGUGAAACUAUUCCAGUAAUUCUCCUACUAACUUUGUGUAUAAGUAUCGGUAGGCUAGAGUGCUUCAAACAUUGACGAGUAGACUUUUCUUAAAUAAGUUACAUACCAUGUUUCAGGCAAAAAAAGUUAUGUAGAAAAUAAUUUUCCACAAUUCAAAAAGGUAAUGGGGAAUCCUGGAAUGGGGAAGGAGUAUUAGACCCGACUUCAUUCCACAAUCAUUACUUAGUGACCCCCUGCUAAAUAAUGAACAAGUGUUAGAUGGGAGCAAACUGGAAAUGGUUCUAAUAUGCUCAAUAGCUGAACCUCGGUAACCAAAAAACACUCACUUCUUUGCUACAUAAACAGUGAGUAUUUGGCAUUGAGAAGUUGCACAGCCAUAUAAGAGCACAAUUCAGUACUUUCAUGAAUGAAUGAUAGAGAAUUGGGAAGCAUUUUCUAAACAUUUUAUUUUCUUUAUUUUCCCAGAAUACCUGAGAAUAAACCCUAAUGUUACAUAAUUAAUACCUUACGUGCAGGCAGUCACAAUAUAGACUGAUAUUUGAGGAUCUUCUUGUGGUCCACUUAAGAUUAGGAAUUUAUCAUAAAACUAAUCAUAGUUGUGCACCACCAUGAUUAAAACUCUUCAGUGUCUCAAAAUGCAAAUCUCAAUAAUGAUGCAUUUGAAAAUUGUUUCGAAAAAAGUCAGUCAAGAUAGUCCAAGCAUCAAUAUGGAUUGCAUUGACAAAGCUCCCAAAAAAGUAAUAAAAUUGUCAGGUUUUCAGCAGAAUUGUUUUUAUUAUUAAAUAGAUCUGGUUAGAUGAUUUUUUUUGUUAAGUGUCUUUUAUCAUCACCUUGAAAUAAUGAUUCACUUAGUGUCAGUGUUUACGGUACUGGAGCUUCAAAUGCAAUUCCCAUACUGCACAUGAAUUUUCUUUUAUUUUUUGACUGCAUUGUUUAAGUAUUAUUAAAAAUCUCUCAGCAACUCCAAAAAUAUCUACAACUUAACUUUUCAAGUAUAGAUUUUAGAACAAGUAGGUAUGUAUGGGGGUUUGCAUUCAAGCAACUUGCCUACUUUCUCAGUAUUACAUUUACAAUUGAUCAGAUGGAAACUCUACAUUCAUUUCCUUUACAACAACAAACACAACCACAGGACAGAAAUGUAUAUAUGUAACAUACUUUUGUAAAUACUAGUUUGACACUGAGCUAUUUUGUAUAUUACUGAAUUGUGUGUUUAAUCUGGGAUUAGAUUUUAAAUUCAGUCUAAUUUACUUUUGGUCACUAGCCUCCCUAUUUCACAUCUAAUCCCUAAUCAUUCUCCAUACAUAUAAGGAGUUCAAGAGCAUUAACUACCACUGUAGUUUCUGUAAAAUGUGACUCUCUUGUUCUGUCACGGUAAUUAAAACUUUGGUAUGCUGCUGUUAACAUCAUUAUCUGCUAAGCAGUGAAAAGGAAGUCCAAUUUCUUAGAGCACAUUGGAAAUGUCUGUAGCAGUGCACAACACCGAAACAACUUUUGUUACUAGACUGUAAAUAAACUCUUUUUUGUAAUAUCUAAUGACACCUUUUAUGCAAACAACUAAUUGAUUUAAGUAAUAAUUUGCCAUAAAAAUGAAAGCAAGUUGAUCUAUAUCUGUACAGUGCAACCUGUUUAUGUUACAAUUUCAUCUAGUGUCAGUACUUCAGCACCUAAUAUUUAACGGAAAUGAUAAUCACGCUAUUAUACUUGUAUUCAAACUUAAUAUCUAACUUGUCUACUGGCACGUUUUGUGUAAUAAUACCUGAGGACUGCAAUCACUACAAGAAUCCUAGUGUUUAUUCAGAGUUGAUGUGCUUUACUGUUAAAGCCAUGCAAAAUAUUUGGCCUAAGGAGAUCAAAUUCCCAUUUUUCCAUCUUAAGAUUAUUUAUCCAAGGAACUGCAAGAGAUAAUCAUUUUUAACCCAUUACCUGAGAAUGACACUUUGAACUUCCUCCACCAUGAUGGAAUAAUUUGACUUUAAACAUAUAAACAUUUUCUUCAAGCAUUUCAAAAACAAGUUUGUUAUAUAUUUUGCUACAGUGUUGCAGCAGUAUUUGUGUUGUGUAUCCUGUGUAGAUUUUAGCGAAGGAUAGAGAAAUAUCAGCAUAAAUGAGUUACAACACCCAACAACAGAAACAUUUAUUUGUGACAAUCCAAAUGACAGCCUUUACUCAUUUUCAUUUAGACAAUUUAUACUUUGUAAUUAUUGCUUCACAACGGGGUGAAUUUUAGGACCAAAGAACAGAGUAGAAACCAAGGGUGGAGGAGCAAAAUCAGCAGUAAAUGAUUAGGCUCUACCCAGAUUAUUAGCCCAGAAGAUUGUCAUUUUCUGGCCUCACACUAGCUCACUGAGAAGAAUGAUAGAGUCAUCAUCAGUCACCAACAUAAUUUGAUGGCUUCACAGAAAGUUUCCAGCAAAGUAAGUAUGGAGGGGAGGUGGUACAUGUGAGUGUUGAUGUUAAUGAGGGAAAGGACCUGGGGAAAGGAAGGACCAAGGUUUCUUAGUGGAGCAAAAUAAGGACUGCUGGCCUUCUUGACCCACAAGAAACCUUUACAAGUUAUAUAAAAUAAAUAUUCCCUGUUUCCUGUCAAUUCUUACUGCUGCAUGAUAUUGUUAGAUCUUAAUUGAGCCGAAUGAUGUCAGUGGGAUACAGCCAUGCCAUUUCAUUGGAUCUUAUUCCUUCAACUGAUCAACCUUCUCCUGCUACAACACAGGGAAGUGAAAACUGAGCUGUUCAGAAACAUAUUGGGCAUCAUUUUGUAUCCCCAGCCAUGCUGCUUAAAGGUUAUUAAGUUAUUAGUCGUUGCAGUUGGCUGCAGGUACAUUUUCUUAAUAUGAGAUAUAUAGAGAAAUGAAACUGUUAUCUAUGAUAAAUGUUAAGAAUAGGUAUAUUUAAAUUAUAUCACUUCAUAAUUCUUGCUCAUAAAUUAUUUACAUACAUUUAUAAGAGACUGGCAAAACUGCAAUGAAUCACAAACGGUAUAUUUAAGAUUAAUUAAACUUUAUUACAUGCAGUUACAAAUACUUCUUCACCGUGCUCUUAAUGAUUCUCAAUGUUAAGUUGCUGUAAACAGGGUGAGCAAAGAAAAAGCAUUGACAUAAUAUUAAACGUUAUUAGAACCACAUUACAAUUGUUCACCGAACAUCAAAAUUUGUUUCAGGCCCAUUAAACAGUUCCGGCACACAAAAAUGACCCUGGAGCAGUAUUUCUUUAUUGAUUUGGAGAUGUCGGUGUUGGAUUGGGGUGUACAAAGUUAGAAAUCACACAAGACCAGGUUAUAGU